UCACUUUUGGUUUCCUGAAAUGACAGAGGAGCCAGAAAGAGAACUGUAGCCAGCGGCAACCAGAGCUUUGGUGCCUGUCUGCAUCAGCUACAAGCCAUCGUGCCUCCCCACACCUCCCACAGUAGCUGUGGGCAUUGCAGCCUCCUGUCCGGCCCCAGCACCAAGGAUGGAUGAGGAGCUAUACUCAAGGCAGCUGUAUGUCCUGGGCCUGCCUGCUAUGCAGAGGAUCAAGGCAGCCAAAGUCUUGCUAUGUGGCCUGCAGGGCCUGGGAGCUGAGGUGGCCAAGAAUCUGGUCCUUAUGGGUGUGGGCAGCCUCACCCUGCAUGACCCCCAUCCCACCUGCUGGGCUGACCUGGCUGCUCAGUUUUUCCUCUCAGAAGAGAGCUUGGGAAGGAGCAGGGCUGAGGCUUCUCAAGCACUAUUGGCUCAGCUCAAUGAAGCUGUCCAGAUCUCCAUCCACACGGGUGACAUCACCGAGGACCUACUGCGGGGUUUUCAGGUAGUGGUGCUCACUGACUCCAAGCUAGAGGAGCAGCUGAAGGUGGGAACCUUGUGCCACAAGUGUGGUGUCUACUUCCUGAUGGCUGAAACCCGGGGCCUUUUGGGGCGCUUGUUCUGUGACUUUGGUGAGGGCUUCACUGUUGAGGAUCCCACAGAGGCAGAACCGGUGACAGCUGCCAUCCAGGACAUCUCCCAGGGAUCCCCCGGCAUUGUCACUCUGAGAGGAGACGCCAAAAGUCAGCCUUUCUAUGAUGGGGACUUGGUGGUUUUCUCAGGCGUUGAAGGCAUGGUUGAACUCAACUGUCAUUCUCCACAGCCUGUCAGGGUGCAGAAAGAUGGGUCCUUGGUGAUUGGAGACACAACAACUUUCUCCCGUUACCUGAGAGGUGGGGUUGUCACUGAGGUCAAAAGACCCAAGUCUGUGAGGCAUGAGCCCCUGCACACAGCUCUGCUUCGGCCCCGUGUGGUGGCCCAGAAUACUCAGGAAGUACAACGUGCCCACUGCCUGCAUCAGGCCUUCCGUGCACUGCACAAGUUCCAGCAGCUUCAUGGCCGGCUACCUAAACCCUGGGAUCCUGUUGAUGCAGAGACCGUGGUGGGCCUGGCCCGGGACCUGGAGCCACUGGAAGGGCCGAAAGAAGAGUCACUGGAUAAGACUCUUCUACGGACAAUUGCCCUGAGUAGCGCUGGUAGCUUAAGCCCCAUGGCAGCCAUUGUGGGAGGAGUGGCUGCCCAGGAAGUCCUGAAGGCAAUCUCCAGGAAGUUCAUGCCCCUGGACCAGUGGCUGUACUUUGAUGCCCUUGAAUGUCUUCCAGAAGAUGAGAAGCUCCUUCCCAAUCCUGAGGACUGUCAUCCGAGAAACUGCCGAUACGAUGGGCAAAUUGCUGUGUUUGGGACUGGUUUUCAGGAGAAACUGAGCUACCAAAACUACCUCUUGCAGGUGGGGGCUGGUGCCAUCGGCUGCGAGAUGCUCAAAGUCUUUGCCCUGGUGGGCCUGGGAGUCAGGGCUAAUGGUGGCAGCUUGACUGUGGCCGACAUGGACCACAUAGAACGCUCCAACCUCAGCCGGCAGUUCCUCUUCAGGCCCCAGGACAUUGGGAGGCCCAAGGCGGAGGUGGCCGCAGCAGCAGCCCGGCGUUUAAACCCAGAUCUGCAAGUGACCUGGUGUAACUCCCCGCUGGAUCCCACCACGGAGGACACCUACGGCGACGGCUUCUUCUCCAGGCUGCAUGGUGUGGUUGCUGCUCUGGACAGCUUCCAGGCCCGGCACUACGUUGCUGCUCGAUGCAGACACUAUCUGAAACCGCUGCUGGAGGCGGGCACACAGGGGACCCGAGGGAGUGCUUCAGUGUUCGUGCCCCACGUCACCGACGCCUACCGCGGCCCCGCUUCAGCUUCUGAGGAUGCGUCAGCCCCCGUGUGUACCCUGAGGCACGUCCCCAGCACGGUGGAGCACGGCCUGCAGUGGGCCCGGAAUGAAUUUGAGGGACUCUUCAGACUAUCCGCAGAGACCGUCAACUGCUACCAACAGACACGCUCUUCCCUGUCCGACACAGAUAGGACCUUGCUGCAGCAAGUGCUGGGCGUCCUAAGAACGCGCCCACGGACCUGGAAGGACUGCGUAGAGUGGGCUCUUGGCCACUGGCAGCUGUGCUUCCAUGAUAGCAUCCUAGAGCAGCUGAGGCGCUUCCCAUCCGAUAAAGUGCUUGGUGAUGGAACUCUGUUCUGGUCAGGAUCCAGAAAGUGUCCACGUCCCUUGCGAUUUGACCCCAACCAAGACAUGCAUUUCCUCUACGUGCUGGCAGCUGCUAACCUGUAUGCAUGGAUGCAUGGGCUGCCGGGCUCACGAAAUCAGAAUGCACUCAGGGAACUGCUGAAGCAGCUUCCAGAGCCUGGUUCUAUGGGCCAGAACCUCUUCUCUGCUGGUGCUUUCACUCCUGCUGAGUUUGGCCAGGAGCAGCUGAAGGAACUGCAGGGAAUCCUGGAAGACUGGAGCAAGGGUCCUCCGCUGAAGCCUGUGCUGUUCGGGAAGGAUGAUGACAGCAAUUUCCACGUGGACUUUGUGGUAGCAGCGACUGACCUUCGAUGUCAGAACUACAGGAUCCUACCAGUCAACCAUGCUCGGAUCAGGCAAAUUGUGGGCCGGAUUAUCCCAGCCAUCGUCACCAGCACAGCAGUUGUGGCGGGCUUACUGGGCCUGGAGCUGUAUAAGGUGGUUAGUGGGCAAUGGUCCCGUGGGACCUUCCGUCACACUUAUCUGCACCUGGCUGAAAACCACUUCGUGCGUUCAGUGCCUUCUGCCCCAGCCAUCCAGUGGUUCCAUCACCUGAACUGGACCUGUUGGCACCGCUUCAAGGUACCUGCUGUGCAGCCUGAGAGGACACUGGACUUGCUGCUGGCCCAUAUCCAGGAAGAGCAUGGACUGAAGGUGAAAAUGCUGCUACAUGGCUCGGCUCUGCUCUAUUCGUCAGGAUGGUCAUUGGAAAAGCAGACUGAGCGCCUGAGUCUCAGGGUGACGGAACUGGUGGAGCAGGUGACUGGCAGGAAGCCUGGGCCUGGGCAACGGGUCCUGGUACUGGAGCUGAGCUGUGAGGGCGAGGACGAUGAAACUGCCUUCCCACCUCUGCAUUAUGAGCUGUGAAGAGGCAGCCCCCACGCCACCACUCGGCCAUAAUGAAUUCUGCAUAAAACCCCUGCAUCUUGAGCCCACAGCAGACACUUCAUCAAUAAAAACUUGUUGAAGGGACACACAA